UGCAAACACACAUCGUCGCAUGGAGUAACGAUUCAAUGAUAGCAGCGGGCCCCUGCUUGCUGCUGCCGGAAAUCGUUUCGCGCAUCUACCGUUUCCUCGACUACGCCGACCUCGAAUGCGGUCUGCUGGUGUGCCGCACAUGGCGCCAGGCACUAACUGCCAGGGUGUGCACACUCUGGUUGACAGUGGACAGAACGGGCGCCUCGUUCCCCCACACGCCAAUUCCGCCGCCCUCCUUUUCCCGCGUCAGCGCUCUCUGCCUUCAGGCGGGCGGCGACGGCCCGCCACACGUGCCUGCAGUGGCACAUGCGGGGGCACACAAAUUGGCGGCUGCUUCUCAGAAACAGUCGGCCGUGCCCAUGUCUGGCAGCGCAGCUGCCGUGGGAGAGUUACUGGGGCACGCCCGGACGCUGGCGCUGCUGCCGCUGCCACACCUGGGCGGCGGCGGCCGCACCGCGGCGGCGGCCGCACCGGACUCUUCAGGGCGGCCACAGCAGCAUCAGCAAUACGCAACAGAGCUGAACCUGCUUGCCCUCCUAUGCGGACUUCACCACCACCACACAACGGCGCCCGGGCUCCAAGUGGAGCAGCGACAUCUACAGCAGGAGGGACAGCCGUUUGAGAACCUCGCGACAACCUUGGAUCCAGCGCGUCAAAUUCUUGCUUCCGUUCAUCAUUUACUGCUGCUGGGUGCGGCCUGGCAGCUGCGGCCGCCGGCUCUCGCGGCCGCAGCCGCCGCCGGGCUGCCCAAGCCGCUGACAUCACUGGCAGACGGGCUCUGCGCCUACCUGCCCAACCUCACGUACCUGGAUCUGGCGCCAUCGUGGGAGCUGACGCCUGCAGGCCUGGCGCUGGCUGCAGGGGAUGGAGGGGACUGGAACCCGGCGGUGCCCCGGCCGCCAGACCAACAGGAGCAGGGCAGUGCUGAGGAGGAGGCGGGUGGCACGUGUGGAGAGCGGCUGAGCCUGAGCAACUUGCUGGCAGCGGGCAGCCGUGGCGGGGCAGCGCACGGGCGCGGAGGCGGUGGUGGAGGUGGGCCAGGAGGCUGCUCGUGCGGCGUCAGCAGCGGCAGAGUCGCUGGCAGCAGCUGUGCUGCAGUCGACUUGGCGGCAGCCCGCGGCUUCGCCGGCCUGCCGCAGCUGCGCCACAUCUCCGCCUGUCUGGCGAUUGGGGACAGCGACCGAAUGGCGGCGUGGGCGGGUGUGCUGGCUGCGCUGCCGCCUGCGCUCACCUCCCUCAAGCUGCUGGGGCCGCUGUGCUACUGCCCCGACCUAGCGGCGGCUGUAGCAGGCUGGCGGGAGCGGCUGCCGGCGCUGCGCCAGCUGCACCUGGAGCUUGGGGAGUGCUGCCACAGCCAUCCGGAUCUGGAAUCCGAGAUGUACGGCGAUCCGGAUUCCUGGACGAGUAGCUGCUUUGCGGGCGUGCUGCCGAAGCUGACGCAACUGAGAUCGCUGCAGCUUGACGUGGAUGACAUUACGGCUGACUUGUGGCGAGACGUACUGGCCUGCUACGCGGCUGCUGUUCCUGCGGUUGCGCCUGUUACCGCUGUGGCUACCGCCGCCGUCGCAGUGCAUUCCGGCCCUGGCGACGGUGACAUCGCCGACCGCGCGAGUUCUGGCGAUGCCAUCACAGCCGGCAGCUGCACCGAAGUUGGCAUGCACGUGCUGCGGCUCCGGCAGCGGGGUUUCAGCGGCGCCUGCGACGGUGCGGGGAUUGCAAACCUGCACGGCUUGACCGACCUGUGCCUAACACUUGGGGAUGGCCCCAACCUAUCGCACUUGUCGUGCCUCACGCGCCUGACGCGUCUGGAGCUGCAACUGCUGGGUCUGGCCGACUAUGUGGCAGCAGCAGCCGAUGCGGCGGCGGCAGUAGCAGCAGAGGUGCAAGACCCGCCUGCCAUCACGGAAAACGCAGCAACAGGCCUAUCCGCUGUUAGCUGCCGGUCCGAUGGCGGCGGCACCGCCGCCUGCUCAGUACGGGACACCGACGCUGUGUGCAGCCUGGCGGCCCUCGCCGGCAUGUCACUUGCUGCGGAACCGUCAGCAGACGCGAUUGCUCACAACCCGCUUGGGGGUCGGGUAGCGGCAUUUGCCGAGUCGGCAUCGGCAGCAGCUGGGUCGUUGCCGAUGCCGUGCGGGCUCCUCCCGCUCAUCACGCGCGGCCUGUGCCGUCUACAGCACCUCCACUUGAACUGUCGCUCCGCGGCUGUGGGUCUGGAGGAGCUGGGCGCGAUCGGGCGUCCCGGCUUCUGCCCCCGGCUGCGGCUGCUGCAGCUGCAGGCGCCGCUGCGCGCCGCCUUCGCCGCAGAAACGGCAGCCGCACCGCCGGUGGUGGAGGGGAAGCUUAGCUCAGGCCCUGCUCCGCAGCAGCAACGGCACAGAGGCAGCGGCAUCUGCCUGCCAGACCAGCUGGAAUGGCUGGGGCUGGCGAACACAGAGACAACCGCCGGUCCGGGGGCGUCGUGGGUCAGGCCCGUGUCGAGCCGGGGCCCGCAAGCUGGGGCGACGCAGCGCCCCUCGGCGCCGCCGCUGCUGAGGCUGGCGGGGCUGCCGCCAGGCCUGCGCAACCUGCAGCUCAUGGGCAUAACCCUGGAGGUGGAUGAAGCUCAUAAUGACAGUAGCAGCAUGGCAGGUGCUGAGGAGGAGGGCCAGGAGGGCGGCCGCGCCGCAGCAGGUGCUUUGCCAGGGCCUGGGGCGAGCUCCGCAGCCGCGCAGGCCCAUACCCCACAGGCAUGCACGGCUUCCGUCAGCCUGGUGGGCUGUGUCGUGCGGUGGCCCCUGGCGCGGUUGUGGGGCUCGGGGCUGCGAGUGCUGGACCUCACCGGCAGCACGCUCUUGGCGCCGCCGCUUCCGUGCUCACCCACCAACCUACCGGCUGCACUGCCCCUGACUGUUGCCGCUGGUGCAACCCUUCAGCAGCUUACACCGGUGGCAUCAGCAGCAGUCGUAGCCGCAGCUACAGCUGCUGCGCCGUCUUCUGACCCGUCGGCAGCCCUGGCGGAGGCGCUGGCGCGCUGUGCCGAGCUGCGGCAGCUGCGGCUGUGGGGCAGCUGCCGCAGCGGCGGCCUGCUGCGGCCCCUGGGCGAUGCCGCCCUGGCAGCACUCGCAGCGGCACACCCCCGGCUUACUGGGCUUGAGAUUAACGCCACAGCCGCCACGCCUGAAGGCCUAGCGGCGCUGGCGACGCUGCGGCAUCUGCGCGCGCUGCGAGUGUUGGUGGCGGGUCAGGAGGGCGCAGCAGCGCUGGGGCGCACACUGGCGGCGGCGCGCGCAGCGACAGGGGCGGGGCCAGGGCCGGGGACCAGGGCGCGUGGGCCGAUGGACCUGAAAUCGUUAGAGGUUGUGAUGGCGGCGAGUGGGCUGGCGUUUGUGGCGGACUGCCUCAGGGAGCAGCUCGUGGCGGGUCUGCCGGGGGUGGCCGUGCAGCUACGGGCGCAGCAGCCGGGAGAGUGACGGCGCCGCAGAGCGACCGUGUCAUAGCCGAGUACACCGUGUGAGGGUGUGACCGUGUCUGUGGUGAUGUGAUGGUGCUGUAAGCCCUAGAGACGCAUGGCAGGCUGGGGGAAGGUGCAAGGAUGAGUCCGACUGCCAUCCGGCCGAUGGAUGUGGGUCUGCGUGUGUUGCUGCGGUGCCUGCGAACAGCACUGAACAGCCUACUACCCCGCCACCCCCUAGGCCAUAGCUCUGGCGUUGCUACGCUUAUUAGAGGCCAGGGGGCCUGACUCUGCUGACACAGUAGCACUGUAAAUGCCCUUUGGC